CCAAACCUUGCUGGGCUGCAAAAACUGGAGCUGGUGGAAUUUCGGGUUAAUGAUUAGCCGCCGAGCCAGGAUCGGUGCGGGUCCGGCCAGGAUGGCCCUGCGCGACCAGCAACCUGGGCGAUAGGGCCGCAGCCAUGGCCCAGAGGCUGGUGGGGGGCUCGUCUGCCCCCCAGGGGGAAGACUUCUCCUUCGUCAGCCCCCUGGUCAAAUACCUGCUCUUCUUCUUCAACAUGGUUUUCUGGGUGAUCUCCAUGGCGAUGGUGGCAGUGGGAGUCUAUGCCCGCUUGAUGAAGCACGCAGAAGCAGCCAUGGCUUGCCUCGCCGUGGACCCGGCCAUCCUGCUGAUCGUCGUCGGCAUCCUGAUGUUUUUCAUCACCUUCUGUGGCUGCAUCGGAUCCCUGCGGGAGAACAUCUGCUUGCUGCAGACGUUCUCUAUCUGCCUGACGGUCAUCUUCCUGCUGCAGCUGGCAUCGGGCGUCCUGGGGUUCGUCUUCUCUGACAAGGCGCGCGGGAAGGUGAGCGAGAUUGUCAACAACGCCAUCGUGCAUUACCGGGACGACUUGGACCUCCAGAACCUCAUUGACUUUGGCCAGAAAGAGUUCAGCUGCUGUGGUGGCGUCUCCUAUAAAGACUGGUCCCAAAACCUGUAUUUCAACUGCACGGCCCACAACCCCAGCUGGGAACGCUGUUCUGUGCCUUAUUCCUGUUGCCUGCAAACUGACGACCAGUCCGUCAUCAACACCAUGUGUGGCCAAGGGAUGCAGGCUUUCAACUACCUGGAGGCCAGCGAGUUCAUCUAUACCAACGGCUGCAUUGACAAGCUGGUGAACUGGAUCCACAGCAACCUCUUCCUCCUGGGCGGAGUAGCGCUGGGAUUGGCCAUUCCCCAGAAGUUUUGGGCAUCCUAUGAAGCUGAAUGUUGGAAGACUCGCGACAGUGAUGGCCACCAGCUUUUAGUAAAGCUGGUCGGGAUCCUGCUCUCCCAGGUCCUUGUCAACCAGAUCAGAGACCAGAUUAAACUGUUGCUUUACAACCAGCAACACCGAGCCGACCUCUGGUACUGAAAGGACUUCCUUGCGGGGAAAUAAGAAACAAGAAAUGUAUUAUUUGUGGCCUUCCCUAUGACCAAACCCGUGCCCGUCUCCCAGGGAUCCAAGAUGGCGCCCACAGGAAGUGACCUCAUUCCACCGGGCUGGAUUGCCUGAGGCUCUUUUGAAGGCAGCUCCUUCCUGCAAGGAAUAUCUUGAAGGAACCUUGUUAACCCUAGAAGAGAAAUAAGCACCUCCCAGCUUUGAAACUCUGCAGGAAGCUUGAAAACAUGCUCUUCCCCUCCCAGAUGUGAAGGUUUUUUAUUUCUUUUAAAGAGUUCCAGCACAGGACAGAAAGGUAAAGAGUCAGUGCUGUCGACAGACGAAUCUCCACCUGCAUUUUCCUUCUCAUGGCUUGAGAUGGGAGCCGCUGAAUUUGAACUCUGGGCCGGAGCUGGCCAUGGUCCUUGGCUACUUUAUUGGGGUGCAAAGAUGGGGCAGGCAGGUCGGGGCAUUGAGCAAGGGCCUACUUGCCUCCUGCUCCCUCCAACUGGGGAGGAAAGGUGCCUUCUCGAACCCUCAACCUGUCCUUGCCAACGAUGUGCCAACUUUGUAAUAUAUCA